GAGUUCCCUCAUAAGUAUAACAAUGAGCAUAAGAAGUUCCUAGCAGCCAAGGAGAGGAUGAAGAAAGAUCAGCAGCUUAAGAUUACUAAGCUCCUGCAGGAGUGGCAGGCAGCCCGUGAUCACGUGAAUGAGGUGAGGAAAUCUGACACUAAGACAGCUAACAGCAUGGCCAAGGAAAUCACUGAGCGCUUCCAGAACCUGUAUGCAGCAUACGAACAGGAAGAUGAAGCUGAGAAGGAGCAGUUGAUCGCUCUACACCUGCAACAUGUCCAGACAGGCUUGAACGAGAAGAAGAAAGAAGCAAUGGACAAAUAUUUGAAAGCCUUGGAUGAAGGAGAUGCUGCCGACAUCUCCAAGUACCUUCGAGGAUAUAUCAAAGCAGAAGAAAAGGACCGCUUGCACACCGUCAACCACUUUGAGCAUGUCAAAUAUUCAGCACCAAGUGAAGCUGCACACAUUCGUCCAUUCAUUGUCAACCAUCUGCACCUCUCUGAGCAGAGGAUUGAUCAGGCUCUGGAGAUGCUCAAACGGGACCCUGAGAUAGAGGCUAAAGUCAGGCCUGAAAUUGAUGAGUUCAUGAAGAGGUUUGAUGUGAUUGCCAACAGCAUCCGAGACAUUAUUCUGUCCCAGCCCAAGGUUGACCAGCAGGUGGACUCCACAAGCCAACAACCAGGUGAAACCACCAAUGCUAUCAACACUGACAGCGUGAACAGCAGUGAUGAAAGCAUGGAUGAGAGCAGCAAUGAUGAACUGGAUCCCAUCAGCCAAGAAGACCUGGAUGAUGAUGAGGAGAACAUUAGAGAGAAUGAGCACAGUUAUGAGAGGAAGAACAAUUUUGUUGCCCUCCAUAUGCAUGACACUCACCAUGUGAAGCAGGGCUUUGCUAGGUCAGCAGCCUCCAGCAGUCAAGUGGGAAGCACUGUGGGCAUUGUCCUGGGCAGCGUCAGCGUCUUUGUCAUCAUAAUUGUUGCCAUAGUCAUGUUACGUCGCAGCCAGUCAAAGCCGCCCGUGUCACAUGGUUAUGUUGAGGUUGACCCUUCAGCUUCACCAGAGGAAAGGCAUGUUGUGAACAUGCAGAUGAAUGGGUACGAGAAUCCCACCUACAAGUACUUUGAGGUAUAA